AUGGCAAUGGCAACGGCGCUUCGCAGGCUUUCAUCUACCGUGGACAAACCCAUCAGACGUCUUUACAAUGGCGGCUCUCUCUAUUACAUGUCGUCUUUGCCCAACGAGGCUGUGUACGAGAAAGAAAAGUCUGGUGUCACGUGGCCAAAGCAGUUGAAUGCUCCGCUUGAGGUUGUCGAUUCGGAGAUUGCUAAUAUUAUCGAGCUCGAGAAAGCGAGACAAUGGAAGGGACUUGAGCUCAUUCCAUCGGAGAAUUUUACAUCUGUUUCUGUGAUGCAAGCAGUUGGGUCUGUAAUGACUAACAAAUACAGUGAAGGAUAUCCCGGUGCAAGAUACUAUGGUGGAAACGAGUACAUUGACAUGGCAGAAUCCUUGUGCCAGAAACGUGCUUUGGAAGCAUUUCGGUUGGAUCCUGCAAAGUGGGGAGUGAAUGUGCAGCCUCUGUCAGGAUCGCCAUCUAAUUUUCAAGUUUACACUGCGCUAUUAAAACCUCAUGACAGGAUCAUGGCACUUGAUCUUCCUCAUGGUGGGCAUCUUUCACAUGGCUAUCAGACUGACACAAAGAAGAUAUCAGCGGUCUCUAUAUUUUUUGAGACCAUGCCAUAUAGAUUGAAUGAGAGCACUGGCUAUAUUGAUUAUGACCAGUUGGAGAAAAGUGCCACACUCUUCAGACCAAAAUUGAUUGUUGCUGGUGCCAGUGCUUAUGCACGUCUAUAUGACUAUGCACGUAUUCGCAAGGUUUGUGACAAGCAGAAAGCAAUCAUGUUGGCAGAUAUGGCACACAUCAGUGGACUGGUUGCAGCCGACGUCAUCCCAUCACCAUUUGAGUAUGCAGAUGUUGUGACCACAACAACCCACAAAUCUCUUCGUGGGCCACGUGGUGCCAUGAUUUUCUUCAGGAAGGGGGUGAAAGACAUUAACAAACAGGGCCAAGAGGUUUUGUAUGAUUAUGAAGACAGAAUUAAUCAGGCUGUCUUUCCUGGACUUCAAGGUGGCCCACACAAUCACACAAUCGCUGGCUUAGCAGUUGCAUUGAAACAGGCAACGACCCCAGAAUACAAAGCUUAUCAAGAGCAAGUUCUCAGUAAUUGCUCAAAGUUUGCACAGACACUGGUUGUGAAUGGAUAUGACCUUGUCUCUGGUGGAACGGAGAACCACCUAGUUUUGGUGAAUUUGAAAAACAAGGGUAUUGAUGGUUCCAGGGUUGAAAAGGUGUUGGAAGCUGUUCACAUUGCAGCCAACAAAAACACUGUUCCUGGAGAUGUGUCUGCCAUGGUUCCUGGUGGCAUCAGGAUGGGAACUCCUGCUCUCACUUCAAGGGGAUUUGUCGAAGAGGACUUUGCUAAAGUUGCUGAAUUCUUUGAUGCUGCUGUGAAGUUGUCUUUGAAGAUCAAGGCUGAAACUAAAGGUUCCUGAUGGGAUCAUUUUGUCGUUCCCCAAGAACAUAUAUAUACUUUACAACAUGAUGUACCUGUGUUGUCUCCUAUUACUUCUUGGAAACAUCCAUCUUUGUUUAGAUGGACAAAGUUGAAGGACUUUGUGGCCACAAUGCAGUCCAGUGCUCCCAUCCAGUCUGAGAUUGCAAAGCUUCGGCACGAGGUGGAAGAGUAUGCAAAACAAUUCCCAACUAUUGGGUUUGAGAAAGAAACCAUGAAGUACAAAAACUGAAAAGAAGUUCUACAUGCCAGGUAAAUCUAUUCUUGGGGAUUAUUGGAGUUGAAUUUUGCUGUGCAAAGUAACCAAAACUCUGCUUGUGAUUUGUAUAAGAGUGUUCUCAACACUCCUUCAUCCCUUCCCCGGUGCCAGUACUCAAAAUAAUUUCUCCUGUAGCUGGACAUGAUGCCAUGUGUUAGGUUUCCAUAUUUUGUGUUUGUAGUAUCAGUAUCAUGUAUUUACUUCCACCAAUCGUUUCUGGUGGCACACCGUAAUCUAUGCAAAAUCUGAUCCAUUGUGCAUCAUUUGUUUGUGGAGCAGGCACCACACAUCAAGGCCAACUUAUUUUACUACUUGAAGGAGGUUAGUU